ACAGUGCACGCCUUCCAUGCAUCCAGGAAUCCACGCCAAUCAGUCCACAAAAUGUUGACACCUGGAGCUCAGAGGACAGCGCUGCAGACAGAGACCGGGCUGACAGAUUUGAGCAACGUCACCGAAAAGACCAAGGGAGAAACUCACCAUGCUUACAAUCUGGAAUCAUUGUCAUUGCACCCGCUUUUUAAAUGAGCCCAGCUCUGCUCUCUCUCCUGAUUCUACCCUUCCCAGACUGACUUAUUCCUGUAUCCUCAUGGAAUACAUCCAGCACUUUAGAUUUCACAACGAUUUGCAGCUGUUACUUUUGCUUUUAGGAUGCACGGAUCUCACGUCUGUGUAGUUGGAAUAACCGGUUCCCUUUGCUGGUCAUGUCCGUUUGCGGCAAGGGCGUGCCAUGCGCCCCUGGUUCUCCUUGGGGUUUGCUCUGUCUGCUGGGGAAUGUUACUUCCCUUCCCGGCAAGCGCCAGAACCGCUGCAGCCCUCUUGUCCACACUCAGCCCAGCCUUGACAGCUCCAGCGUGCCGGCUUUCACCGGCUCCUCCUCAACUCUCAUCUCCACGCAGGAACUGCCUACCGGGAAUCUCCCCAUCCUGACUUCCAGCGCGCUGGCAUCGGGAUGCCUGCAGUGUGCCACUCCCGGUUCCACCCACUUCCGCGACUGGGCGCCCGCGCGCUCUCUAACCAGUCCGGGCCAGCCCAAACCGACCUAAGCCGGCUAGAAUCUUCCAGAAGAGCAGCCAAUCGCCUUCCGGGGACUUCAGGCUUCUCCAUUGGCCAGUCGCCGCUGUUCCCUGGGCGGAGUCAGCUCUCCAAGCGCAGGCUUUUUCAAUCUGGAAGGAAGACGCUCAUAUUGGCAGCAGGUGCUGGCUAGAGACGUCUUUGGUGGUGGGCGAACUCAGCUGUUACAGACCAGAGUUUAAGAAGCGUGCAAGCAGGACACACCUUUGAAUUCUCCAUCUGUAAACUCCUCGGUUGAGUGUACCGGCACUUGAAUUUCAUCUUUGGAAGUGGAAGCAUCCGUUCCUCUUCAAAGCCAUCAUGAACCGGAAGAGGCGUAUGUCAAAGAAGAACUUACGUGAUUGUAAGAAGAAUAUGAAAAUUGAGCAGUUUUUUGGUCAGAAACCUGAAGAACAGAAUGGAAGCAACAUUUCUCAAAGGAAGAUGGAAUCUAAAAAGCAUCUAAAAGAUAUAACCAACACCCCAGCUCAAGAAUUCCAUUCACCUAAGAAAACUCAAGGAGAACAAACAACACUCCAAUAUAAGACAAUUCACGUUACCUUGAAUGUAAACCAGAGGAAAAACAAAGGCAGGAAAUAUGUGCUUACACACAGUAAAGCCGACAGCCUGUAUGUGGCACUCAACACCCUAGAGGCAGUGAAGGAAGAGAUAGAAACUCGAGAAGGCAAAGAAAUGUUGGUGCGUGGUACAAAAGGAAUCGAGGGGUACAUCAAUCUUGGAAUGCCCCUCCAUUGUUUUCCUGAAGAAAGCUAUGUGGAAAUUACAUUUUCCAAAAGUAAGCAGAAAGAAGGCGACCAAGUAUUUGUCCGGCAUGACAAAGCCCCUACUGACUGUGUUAAGUUUCGUGUUCAUGCAGUUGGGAAGAAGAAAACCAGAAUUGUUAAACGUGGGGAACUUCACAAAGAAGGCUCCAUACUCUGUGUCUAUGCUUUUAAAGGAGAAACCAUCAAGGACGCUUUGUGCAAAGAUGGUAGAUUUCUUUCCUUUCUGGAAAAUGACAAUUGGAAGCUCAUUAAUAAUCUGGACUCCGUUUAUGAAAACACACAGCCAGUUGAUGAAUUAGAGGGCAAACUCUUUCAGGUUGAGGUUGAGAAUAAAACGGGCUCUGAAGCAGCAGCUCCUCAAAAUUCUGAAUCAGAGCAAAGAAACACUUGUGUGUCAAAUGAGGAAAUUUUGAACCAGUACCCCUGUUUGAAAAGUGAAAGUGAAAGGAUCAAAGAAAACUUAAAGAAAAGAAACAAAAAAAGAACAGGGAAAGCAUUAUUUAACUCACAUAGAACCAACUUCGGAAAAGUGACCAAAAACUCUACUCCAGUUACAUUAAUCAAACUUCUUGCAGAGCGUAGUGACUCCGUUGGGUACCUGUACUAUAACAACAAUGGGAAAGAGGGUUGUGCCACCUGCUUUGUUUUUAAAGGACCAUUUAUCUUCACUUGUGGACAUGUAAUCCGAGGCAUUAUGGAAGAAGGAAUAGAACGAAGUGAAUGGCCAGGCAUCCUUGGUCAGUGUGUAAGGGUGACAUUUGGUUAUGAACAGCUCCAUGAGAGAGAAGAGAACCAUUUUCGCGUUGAGCCUUGGUUUGAAAUAUCUGAUGGCAAUCUCGACUAUGCGAUUCUGAAACUGAAAGAAAAUGGACGACCCAUACCUGCAGGGCUGUAUAAUGGAAUUGCUCCCGUACCACUUAGUGGGUUGGUAUAUAUUAUUGGCCAUCCAAAUGGAGAAAAAAAACAGCUUGAUGCUUGUGCUGUGAUCCCUCAGGCUGAGCGAGAAAAGAAAUGGCAGGAUUGUGAUCAGGAUAGGAAAAUGAAAGAGUGCGACUACAGUCUGUCAUUUCUCCAUCUGUACACUCAAAGAAGUUUCCAGGAAAUAAUUGGCGAUCCUGAUGUAAUCACUUAUGAUACUUGUUUUUAUUUUGGAUCUUCUGGUUCCCCGGUGUUUGAUUCAAAUGGUACAUUGGUGGCCAUCCACGCUGCUGGUUUUGAACAUAAGUACCAACCUGGGUUUUCCAGUAUCGUUGAAUUUGGCUCUACUACAAAGUCCAUUCUCCUUGAUAUUAGUCAAAACAAUAGUAGGUUGUAUGAAGAACUGUGUGUGAAUCAACCAGAUGUGGAAAUGGAGUCUGAUGAGUUUUGAGGAUUGUUGAGAAUUUAGCCUGUUUACUACCUUUGAAGAAAUUGCUUUUGGUGUUUUUAUUCCAUAAACAAUUAUAACAGUUUUCUAAAUUCCAAAAUGAUGUUUCACAAAAAAAAUAAUACUGUCAUAGACAGAUUUUAAGGCAUUUUUUUCUAAGCACAGAAGAAAUUAAUCCUAACAAGUCUUUGAGGUGGAUUAAGUGAGAAAUAUCUUUACCAAUCUGAACAGAGUGCUUAUGUGCCGGUUACUUUGGUUUUAACUUACUCCUUUUAUUCUCAGCUAUUUAGAUCAGCACUUUUCCUCUCACGCCUUGCAUUUUUUUCCCUUGGAUCUCUAAAUGAUUUUUAUCAUUUUUUUUAAAUUUUCAUUUAUUUGAAAGAGAAAGAACUCAUAUCUACAUGUCUACAACAACCAGGGCUGGGCCAGGCUGCAUCCAGGAGCAGUGAGCUCAGUAUGGGCUUCCCAGGGAGGUGGCAGGGAUGUAAGUGCUUGAGCCGUCACCCUUGAUAGGAGUACGCCUCAACAGAAUGCUGGAAUUGGGAGUUGAACCCUGGCAGAGAGUCAGGAGUCCCAAUUAUCAUGUUAACAUUUUGCCAGAUAUCCUGCUUGUAAUAUUUCAGUUGCAGUGGAACUGCAAUAUUCAGUGUGUGUUAUAAGGUUGUGAGGGUCUUAACACGUGAGCAGUGUAUCUGUCGUUAAGACAUAAUGGUUUCACUACUUCAAAUCCUCUGAGUUUUGCCACUUUUCCCUCCCUCUCCCUUGAAUGUCUGGAACCACUUCUCUUUUUAUUGCCUACAAUUUUGCUUUUUCAGAAUGUCAUAGAAGUGCAGUCAUAUAAUAUACUACCUUUCUAGAACAACGUCUUUGAUUUAGAUAAGCAAUUAAAGUUCCUCCGUGUCUAGAGAAGUUAGCAUGAUAAACUCAUUUUCUUGUGUCACUGAUUUAAUACUGGAUUUUAUGAACAUAAAACAAACUGUUAAGUAGCUUGGCUCUCUUGGCUGCCUAAAGCUUUAGUUGAUUAUGAAUACUAGUACAUCAU